UUUCAAUUCGCUUUCGACAGUUCCGUGCCGUGUGUCAAGAAGUGAGGAAGUGUGUCUCGUAGCACAAGACGAAACAGAGAAAAAAAACUAGAGAGCCCCAUUAGUGCCAGACUUAGUGCCAGUCAUCAGCCCUAAUCGUCGUCGUCGUCGUCGUCUGCCGGAUCCAAAGUACAAAAAGAACCACACGAGUCCAGAAUGUCGUCGGAAGUGAAAACCUACUCCCUGGCGGAGAUCAAGGCCCACAACACGAACAAGAGCUCCUGGAUCGUCAUUCACAACAACAUCUACGACGUGACGGAGUUCCUGAACGAGCACCCCGGCGGCGAAGAGGUCCUGCUCGAGCAGGCCGGCAAGGAAGCGACGGAAGCGUUCGAGGAUGUCGGCCACAGCACGGACGCGCGCGAGAUGAUGAAAAAGUUCAAGGUGGGCGAGCUGAUCGAGUCCGAGCGGAAGCAGGUCCCGGUCAAGAAGGAACCCGACUGGAGCACCGAACAGAAGGACGAAAACUCCCUCAAGUCAUGGAUCGUGCCGCUGAUUCUGGGACUGCUGGCGACCAUCAUCUACCGGUUCUACUUUACCCAGUAAAACCGCGGAAAAGAACAAGAGAGAGAGAGAGAAAAUGUGUGUUACUUCAGAUCCGAUGCUGCUGUUUCUGUUUCCGUUCAUUCCAAACAAGAGCAUCUCUGCUUCCUCCAAUCACGAGAAUAUUUUGUAAGCUUGCACCGCGCGCGCACACACACACAUUUUGACCACCACCACAUUGCCAAUGACAAACGAAGGAGAAGAACAAUUUUAGCGAUAGGAGGGUACAAAGGUAACUAAACGCGUAAGAACCAAAAAAGCAGUUGAGAGAGAUAGAAGAAAAUCGCAUUCGCGGUUUGUGUGCGUGCUUUACGUUUCUUCGAUUCAGGGAUAUCGUUCCGGCCAGCUCUAGGCGAUUCGCACCACACGAGGGAACUAAAAUGGCAUUUCAUUGCGUCGAUUAUGACGAGCAACAAAAAAAAAAAGAGGUUUCUGUUUUCUAUUAUAACAUUGUCUAGUGUGAUGGGGAAUAGUGUUCGCAAAUCAAAAUUUUUAACACCUACGGCUAAACGAGUUUUUCUUAUUUAAAUAAUUAUUAUGUUAAACUGAUUCGGGAAUAAAAACCUAUAUUUGUAUGUA